UCGCGCACCCACGCAACCCUAAUAAACCCCUCCCUCCCUCGCGCCGCCGCCGCCUCCACCCCAGAUCCCCUCCCCCUACGCCGACGGCCGCACGUCGCCGCCCCCCGCGCACGUUACCGGCGAGCUACGGGUCGAUUCGAUCUGUUGCGUGGGGAGCUGUUGGUUUAUGGUUUCCUCGUUGCUGUUUCGUGAAUCUGCGAGCUUAUCCAGUUUUUGGUGUUCUUUUGGGGGUGCAAUACAGGAGUAGAUCGCCUCCGCCCUCCGCAGAGCCCUCGCUGCGACCAUGGCGACCUUCGCGAAGCCUGAGAACGCGCUGAAGAGAGCUGAAGAAUUGAUUCAUGUUGGGCAAAAGCAGGCGGCGCUGCAGGCUUUACAUGAUCUCAUCACCUCUAAGAGAUACAGGUCAUGGCAAAAGCCUCUUGAAAAGAUUAUGAUGAAGUAUGUGGACCUUUGUGUUGACCUAAGGAAAGGCAGAUUUGCAAAAGAUGGCCUUAUUCAGUAUAGAAUUGUCUGCCAGCAAGUUAACGUGGCAUCCUUGGAGGAUGUGAUAAAACACUUCAUGCAUCUUUCCAAUGAGAAAGCUGAACAAGCUCGGAGCCAAGCCCAGGCCUUGGAAGAUGCUCUUGAUGUUGAAGAUCUGGAAGCGGAUAAGCGACCGGAGGAUUUGAUGCUUAGUUAUGUUAGUGGUGAGAAAGGAAAGGACCGAUCAGACAGAGAGGUUGUGACUCCAUGGUUCAAGUUCCUCUGGGAGACAUACAGGACGGUGCUUGAGAUACUAAGGAACAAUUCAAAGCUUGAAGCUUUAUAUGCUAUGACUGCUUAUAAGGCUUUUCAGUUUUGUAAGCAGUAUAAGAGAACAACUGAAUUCCGUAGGUUGUGUGAGAUUAUCAGAAACCAUCUUGCUAAUUUGAACAAAUAUCGUGAUCAAAGAGAUCGACCUGAUCUGACUGCCCCUGAAAGCUUACAAUUGUAUCUUGAUACUCGGGUUGAACAACUUAAAGUCGCUACUGACCUAUCCCUAUGGCAGGAGGCCUUCCGAUCGGUGGAAGAUAUCCAUGGUUUGAUGAGCAUGGUGAAGAAAAUGCCAAAACCAUCUGUUCUGGUUGUAUAUUAUGCCAAGUUAACUGAAAUUUUCUGGAUAUCUGAUAGCCACCUUUAUCAUGCGUAUGCGUGGCUCAAGCUUUUCAACUUGCAAAAGAGCUACAAUAAGAACUUAUCCCAGAAGGAUCUACAAUUAAUAGCAUCUUCUGUCUUGCUUGCUGCACUUUCUGUGCCACCGUAUGACCAAAAAUAUGGUGCAUCUCAUCUUGAGACAGAAAAUGAGAAAGAGCGUAACCUUCGAAUGGCCAACCUUGUCAACUUUUCGCUCGACUCCAAGCGCGAAAAUAGAGAACUGCCUUCAAGAGCAGCUCUCCUAUCUGAGUUGGCAUCCAAAGGGGUGAUUUCGUGUGCUUCCCAAGAAGUGAAGGAUUUGUACAACCUUUUGGAACAUGAGUUCCUUCCUCUGGACCUUGCAUCGAAAGUACAGCCACUUCUUUCGAAGAUUUCAAAGGUUGGAGGGAAGCUUUCAUCAGCUUCUUCUGUUCCAGAAGUGAAGUUAUUGCAGUACAUUUCUGCUUUGGAAAAGCUGACAACACUGAGGGUGCUGCAACAGGCCUCUUGUAUUUUCCAGUCCAUGAAAAUCGAUAUGAUCUCAAGAAUGAUCCCAUUCUUUGACUUUGCUGUCGUGGAGAAGAUUUCUGUUGAUGCUGUGAAACGCAAUUUUGUUGCUUUGAAAGUUAACCAUUUAUCAGGAGCUGUUCAUUUUGGCACUGUGGACCUAGAAUCUGAUGGGUUAAGUGAUCAUCUUAGCGUUCUGGCUGAUUCUUUAAAUAAAGUGAGGAAUCUUAUUCAUCCACCUGUGAAAAAGCCGUCCAAACUUGGUGAAAAUUUGAUUAGUUUAGCUGGAGUUGUGGAGAAUGAACAUAAGAGGCUUCUUGCGAGAAAAUCCAUCAUUGAAAAGCGCAAAGAAGAGCUUGAGCGCCAAAUAUUGGAAAAGGAAAAAGAAGAGGAAAUGAAGAGAUUGAGUGCUCAGAGGAAAACUGCAGAUGAUGAAAGGCAAAGGUUAAUCAAUGACCAAAGGCAGAGGGAGAAGGAAAGGAUCCGCAAAGAAGUAGAGGAAAAAGAAAAACUAGAAGCACAAAAGAUGCUAGAAGAUGCUUCGAAGCGCACAAAAGGAAAGAAAAAACCUGUCAUUGAUGGGGAGCUUACUAAACAAGCCAUCAUGGAAUUGGCAUUGAGUGAGCAGAUGAAGGAGCGCCAGGAGAUGGAGAAAAAGCUGCAGAAGCUUGCAAAAACAAUGGAUUACUUGGAAAGGGCAAAAAGACAGGAAGAGGCACCACUGAUUGAGCAAGCUUUCCAAAAACGUCUUGAGGAAGAGAAUAUCCUUCAUGAGCAAGAGCAGCUGCGAGAGAUUGAGCUCAGCAAGCAACACCAUGCGGGUGACUUGCAAGAGAAAAACAGACUUUCUCGAAUGUUGGAACACAAGAAUGCUUUCCAGGAUAGAAUUGUCCAACGUCGUGAAGCUGAGUUUAGUCGUCUGAAGAAAGAGAGGGACGAACGGAUCAGUCAAUUGAUAUCAUCAAGAAAGCGUGAAAGGGAGACAGUAAGGAAAUUGAUGUAUUAUCUGAACUUGGAGGAACAGCGGAUCGAAAGGCUUCGUGAGGAAGAGGAAGCUAGAAAACGUGAAGAGGAAGAGAGGAGGAAAAGAGAAGAUGCUGAGAGGAAAGCUAAGCUUGACGCUAUUGCCGCCAAGCAGCAACAGAGAGAAAGGGAGUUAGAGGAAAAGGAAAAGCAGAGGAGGGAGGCUCUCUUAAGAGCUGAGCCCACGCGUGCACCUGAUGUUGCUCCUGUUGUUCAGCCAGUUCGUGAGCCAGUAGCAGCCCCUGUUCCUUCUGCGGCAGCACCGACUCCUGGUAAAUAUGUUCCCAAGUUUAAACGGGGUGGCGAUAGCAGCAGCGCUGGUGGCAGCCAGAGGAUAGCAGUGCCACCUGAACAUGACAGGUGGGGUGCACGCGAAGAUCGCCCUCGCCCUGAUGUGCGUCCUCUCCGCCAAGAUGACCCUCCUGCACGGCCAGAUGCUCCCCCAGCCCGCCAGGAUGGGCCUCCAGCUGCUGACCGCUGGCGCGGAUCAAGACUUCCCUCGAAUUCUUCAUCCUCUUUGUCGACCUGGGGGAGGUCUCGGAACUGAUGCAUGUGCCCCAGUUGAGUUUUUUGCCGUCCGUCAAGGUUGAGACCCUUGGUACACACCCUGCCUGUGAUCCUGGGAAGCGUGGUUAGUUGAAUUUGUUUGAUUAUUGCGCACCUAAUGCUCCUAAAAUUUUGAAGCUAGGACUUCUCUUAGUGCCAUGGCACCUUAUCCAAGCUGUUUGAUGUUCUGAGUCGCAGUACCCCAUACAUAUUGUAUCACUAUUUGUUACCAAUACUCGAACUUCUGAUGUUUUUGUUGGUGCACCUUUCCCCGUGCUUUGCCAAAUGCAAUCACUAUUUCCGGUC